AUGGAUCAACCAAGUCGCGUCCCUCACCAGGACCCAGACCGCGUAGCAACGAUGUACGGCGAACUCGGCAACAAACUGGUCCAACACGCCAAACGCACCCAAUCUCUCGCCCAUCUACCGCCCUACCAAACCGAAAUCGUCCGCGCUGUCACCCGCGAAGUCCGCGAUCUAGACCGAGAUGUCACCCGCCUCCUCGCCCCAUUCGAAGGUGCCUUCAAUCCCUCCGCGGACCCAGCAGUCGCCUGCGCACUGCUAGUCGACCACCUCUGCAUGCGCCGCAACAAGCGCUGUCUGCUCGCUUACCACCGCGUCCGCACGGAGAAACUGGAGGAGCUUUGCUGGCUUGGGGUGGAUAUACUGGAGCAACAGCAUGCUGAGGGGAGUGCCGGACUGGGCGGGCAGGGUGCGGGCGGAUCAGCUUCGUUCGGGGGCGAGGGAGGCCAUAGCUCCCUAAGUCCGGAGGAGGAGGAGUAUUUUCGACUAUAUGGCGAUAUGCUUGCUGCGUACAAGGGGCAGUGGACGGAUGUUGAUUUGACGGGGACCUUGGAGCCGCCGAGGGAUCUUUUUAUUGAUGUUAGGGUUUUGAAGGAUGCUGGAGAGAUUCAGACGGAGUAUGGGGUUAUCAACCUGACGAAGAACAGUCAGCUUUAUGUUCGACAGGGAGAUGUGGAGAGAUUGAUUUCGCAGGGAUUCCUGGAACGAUUGAGCUGA